AUGGCCUCCAGUAUAUACUCGAGAGUGGCCUCCAGUCUACACCCGACAUCGGCCUCCAAUGUAUACUCGACAGCAGCGUCCAGUGUACCUCCGAUAGGGGCCUCCAGUGUACACACGGCAGCGGCCUCCAUUAAAUACUUGACUGCGGCCUCCAGUGUAUACUCGACAGAGGGCUCCAGUGUGCACUCGACAGCGGCCUCCAGUGUAUACUCGACAGUGGCCUCUCAUGUACGCCCGACAGCGGCAUCCAGUGUACACUCGACAGCGGCCUCCAGUGUACGCCCGUCAGUGGCAUCUAGUGUACACCCGAUAUCGUUUUCCAGUCUACACUCGACAGCGUCCUUCAGUGUACGCCUGACAGCGCCCUCCAGUGUACGCCCGACAGCGGCCUCCAGUGUACACCCGACAGCGGCAUCCAGUGUACACUCGACAGAGGCCUCCAGUGUACGCCUGACAGCAGCCUCAAGUGUACACUCGACAGCAUCCUCCAGUGUACACUCGAAAUCAGCAUCCAGUGAACGCCCGACAGCGGCCCCCAGUGUACACCCAACAACGGACUCAAGUGUAUAUUCGACAGCGGCCUCCAUUGUACGAACGACCGCGGCCUCGACGGCUUCCAGUGUACGCACAACAGCGGCCUCCAGUGUACACCUGACAGAGACUGCUAGUGUACAACCGAAAGUGGCCUCCAGUGUACACUCGACAGCGGCCUCCAGUGUACACCCGACAGUGGCCUCCAGUGUACAGCCGACAGUGGCUUCCAGUGUACCCUCGACAGCGGUCUCCAGUUAUCACCCGACAGUGGCUUCCAGUGUACAGCCGACAGUGGCUUCCAGUGUAACCUCGACAGCGGUCUCCAGUUAUCACCCGACAGCGACCUGCAGAGAACACUCGACAGCGGCCCCAAGUGUAAAGCCGACAAGGGCCCGUAGUGUUCAGCCGGAAACGGUCUCCAGUGUACAACCGACAGCGGCGUCCAGUGAACACUCGACAUCGGCCUCCAGUGAACACUCGACAGCGGCCUCCAGUGUUCACCCGACAGCGGCCUCCAGUGUACACCUGACAGCGGCCUCCAGUGUACACUCGACAGGGGCCUCCAUUGUACACCCGACAGCGGCCUCCAGUGUACAUUCGACAGCGGCAUCCAGUGUACACUCGACAGCGGCCUCCAGUGUACACUCGACAGCGGCCUCCAGUGUACACCCGACAGCGGCCUCCAGUGUACACUCGACAGCGGCCCCCAGGGUACAGCCGACAAAGGCCCCUAGUGUUCAGCCGAAAACGGUCUCCAGUGUACAACCGACAGCGGCCUCCAGUGUACACUCGACAGUGGCCUCUAAUGUGCACUUGACAGCGGCUUCCAGUAUAUACUUGACUUCGGCCUCAAGUGUAUAUGUGACAGUGUCCUCCAUAGUUCCCCCGACAGAGGCCUCCAGUGUACAGCCGACAGUGGCCACAAGUGUACACUCGACAGCGGCCUCCAGUGUACACCCGACAGUGGCCUCCAGUGUACACCCGACAGCGGCCUCCAGUGUACAGCCGACAGUGGCCACAAGUGUACACUUGACAGCGGCCUCCAGUGUACACCCGACAGUGGCCUCCAGUGUACACCCGACAGCGGCCUCCAGUGUACACCCGACAGCGGCCUCCAGUGUACACCCGACAGUUGCCUCCAGUGUACACCCGACAGUGGCCUCCAGUGUACACUCGACAGUGGCCUCCAGUGAACACCCGACAGCGGCCUCCAGUGUACACCCGAAAGUGGCCUCCAGUCUACCCUCGACAGCGGUCUGCAGUGUACACUCGACAGCGGCCUCCAGUGUUCACUCUACAAAGUCCAGCAGUGUACAGCCGACAGCGGCCUCCAGUGUAUACCCGACAGUGGCCUCAAGUGUACCCUCGACAGCGGUCUCCAGUGUACCCACGACAGCGGUCUCCAGUGUACACCCGACAGUGGCCUCCAACAUCGACAAUACGCAAUAUAAGAUAGGAAUUGUUGUCUGCAAUAAAAUAUACAAGUCGACAAGAUAG